AUGCCUUCAGAAUCACCAGCCAGGUCAAGCCAAUCUCCUCCUUCUGCUGAAGCCGACAAGCACAAACAUUUGGACAGAGACAUUAGAGAGAUGGUGUCUGCAAUCACUCAUCGUGUCACUGAUUUUAACAAAUCAGGCUCCACCCACCAUUUGGAGAAGGAGGAUGAAAAUGACACGAGGAUCAUUACCCUUGCUGGAACCAACGAUGGAGCAACACUGCGAAGUGAAUUGGAUGAAAAAUCAGGCAAAAAGACCAGUGUUGGUGAGCCUGAAACAUUGAGCACCUUUAUCAAUAGCAACUUCCAAGCCAUCAACAACUCUAUCAUGUUUGGUGGUAGCUACCAUGCCAAUGACCCUGGUGUGCAUUUCGAUAUCUCAGAUUUCAUUCAUCAACCUCAACCUCCUCAAAGCGACCACCACAAGGUUGAGAAGCCUGCAGAGAAGGGAAAGAAAAAAGAUAAAGAAGCUCCCAAAAGUGACCAUCGAUUUCGCUUUUAA